UCGUUUACUAAGCAACAGUCUUCGGUGAUUACCAAAGAACAAACAACUUUGACUAAAGAACGUUCACCCUCCAUUAAGAAGGAAAUGUCACCCAUGACAAAGAAAGAAGCGUCGCCAACUUUGAAGAAGGAAAAAGGAUCUUCAUCCCUAAAGAGAGAUGACUUACCAGCUUUACGAAAAGAGGAUGAGGAGAAACUGAGGGAAGAAAAUAGAAUUCGAGACGAGCAGAUCAGAAGAAUGCAAGAGAGAAAACUAGAGGAGAAGAGAAAAAAGGGUGCCAUUAGGAAGCACGAGAGUCAGUCUAGCGACGACGUGCGCAACAAGAACGCCCCGGGGGCUCGACGCCUCAAGUCGGAGGAACACAAGCUCCAGGGGCUGAUUUCCAUAGCUGAGAAAAGGCACUCCGAUGGCGCUGUAUACUCGAGGGAGGGAGCUAAGAGCGAGAUGGCGAUGGACACCAGGCAGGAAGAGGAGGAGGAAGAGAGAACCAGGUCCAUUGAGGAUUCCAAGAAACUCCUGGCGGAAGAGAAGAAGAGAGACCAGGUGCUGAUUGAAGCGGAGAAGAGAAAACAAGAAGCGAGGCAAAAAAUAGAAGAACAGAAGAGACGAGACGAGGAGAGGGUCUCGCUGACUCAAGAACAGAGGAAACAGUACGAACAGAUAGCUAUGCAGGAGAGGAAGAGAGUGGAAGAGAAACGCAAACAAGAGGAAAAGAGGAGACUGCAAGAGCAGUUUAAAAAAGAUCAGCUGAGAAUACAGGAGGAAAUGAAACGAAAGGAGGAGAUGAAGAAAAAAGAUGAAAUCAGGAGGAAGGAGCAGGAAGAAAGGAGGCAGAGGGAAGAGCAAAACCGAAUAGACGAACAGAGGAAACUGGAAAAGGAAAAGAAAGAGGCAGAGCUGCUUGAAGAACGGCAGAGGGCGGAAGAACGGCAGAAGGCGGAAGAACGGCAGAGGGCGGAAGAACGGCAGAGGGCGGAAGAACGGCAGAGGGCGGAAGAACGGCAGAGGGCGGAAGAACGACAGAGGGCGGAAGAAAGGGAGAGGGCGGAAGAACGACAGAGGGCGGAAGAGCGGCAGAGGGGGGGAAGAACAACAGAAGGGGGAAGAACGGCAGAGGGGGGAAGAGCGGCAGAGGGCGGAAGAAAAGGCAGAGGGCGGAAGAACGACAGAGGGCGGAAGAACGGCAGAGGGCGGAAGAACGACAGAGGGAGGAAGAACGCCAGAGGGCAGAAGAACGGCAGAGAGCGGAAGAACGGCAGAGGGCAGAAGAACGACAGAGGGCAGAAGAACAGCAGAGGGCGGAAGAACGGCAGAGGGGAGAAGAACGACAGAGGGGAGAAGAACGGCAGAGGGCAGAAGAACGACAGAAGGCGGAGGCAGAAGAACGACAGAAGGCGGAGGCGGAAGAACGACAGAGGUGGAUGCUGUGCCCACAGUAUGUGUGCACAACAGGUGGAUGCUGUGCCCACAGUAUGUGUGCACAACAGGUGGAUGCUGUGCCCACAGUAUGUGUGCACAACGGUGGAUGCUGGCCCCAGUAUGUGUGCACAACAGGUGGAGCGUCCCCAAAGUUGUGUGCACAACCAGGGGUGCUGGCCCACAGUAUGUGGACAACAGGGGGUGCUGUGCCCCGUAUGUGUGCACAGCAGGUGGAUGCUGUGCCCACAUAUUGGGGCCGCAGGGGAUGCUGUCCCACAGUAUGUGUGCACAGCAGGUGGAUGCUGUGCCCACAGUAUGUGUGCACAGCAGGUGGAUGCUGUGCCCACAGUAUGUGUGCACAGCAGGUGGAUGCUGUGCCCACAGUAUGUGUGCACAGCAGGUGGAUGCUGUGCCCACAGUAUGUGUGCACAGCAGGUGGAUGCUGUGCCCACAGUAGUGUGCAAGCAGGUGGAUGUUUCCCCCCAAGUAUUUUGGGGUGGCCCCACAGAGGUGGAUGCUGUGCCCACAGUAGUGUCACAGGGGGAUGCUGUGCCCACAGUAGUGGCACAGCGGGUGGAUGCUGUGCCCACUAUGGGUCCCAAACAGGGGUGCCGCCCUCGUAUUGUUGCACAAAAUAGACGAUGCCUUCACCAAUAA